AAGCCUAACGUCAAAGUCUACGUAGGAAGACGUAGGGAAGGCGACAAGGAAGACGCUGGGCUUCGGGUCACGUGAUGCGGCGGGUGGGUCGUCGGCUCCUCCCUCCCCAAGAUGGCGUCCUUGCUGCAGUCGGAUCGGGUUCUCUAUCUAGUCCAGGGAGAAAAGAAGGUUCGGGCCCCGCUCUCGCAGCUCUACUUCUGCCGCUAUUGUAGCGAGCUGCGGUCGCUGGAAUGUGUGUCUCACGAGGUGGAUUCCCAUUAUUGUCCCAGUUGCUUAGAAAAUAUGCCAUCGGCUGAAGCCAAACUAAAAAAGAAUAGAUGUGCCAAUUGCUUUGACUGUCCUGGCUGCAUGCACACCCUCUCUACCCGGGCUACAAGCAUCUCCACACAGCUUCCAGAUGACCCAGCCAAGACCACCAUGAAAAAAGCCUAUUACCUGGCAUGUGGAUUUUGUCGCUGGACGUCUAGAGAUGUGGGCAUGGCAGACAAAUCUGUAGCUAGUGGCGGUUGGCAGGAACCUGAAAAUCCUCACACCCAACGGAUGAACAAAUUGAUUGAAUAUUACCAGCAGCUUGCUCAGAAAGAGAAGGUUGAGCGAGAUCGCAAGAAACUGGCACGGCGUAGAAACUAUAUGCCUCUGGCUUUUUCGCAACACACUAUUCAUGUAGUGGACAAAUAUGGUCUUGGAACCAGGCUUCAGCGACCACGAGCUGGUGCAUCCAUCAGUACCCUUGCAGGACUUUCCCUUAAAGAAGGAGAGGAUCAGAAAGAGAUAAAGAUUGAGCCAGCUCAGGCUGUAGAUGAAGUGGAACCUCUACCUGAAGACUAUUAUACAAGACCAGUAAAUUUAACAGAGGUAACCACCCUUCAGCAGCGUCUGUUACAGCCUGACUUCCAGCCAGUCUGUGCUUCACAGCUGUAUCCUCGCCACAAACAUCUUCUGAUCAAACGGUCCCUGCGCUGCCGUAAAUGUGAACAUAAUUUGAGCAAGCCAGAAUUUAACCCAACAUCAAUCAAAUUCAAAAUCCAACUGGUCGCUGUCAAUUAUAUUCCAGAAGUGAGAAUCAUGUCAAUUCCCAAUCUUCGCUACAUGAAGGAAAGCCAGGUCCUCCUGACUCUUACGAAUCCAGUUGAGAACCUCACCCAUGUGACUCUGUUGGAGUGUGAGGAGGGGGACCCUGAUGAUAUCAAUAGCACUGCUAAGGUGGUGGUGCCUCCCAAGGAGCUCGUUUUAGCUGGGAAGGAUGCAGCAGCAGAGUACGAUGAGUUGGCAGAACCCCAAGACUUUCAGGACGAUCCCGACAUUAUAGCCUUCAGAAAGGCCAACAAAGUGGGUAUUUUCAUCAAAGUUACCCCACAGCGUGAGGAGGGUGAAGUGACCGUGUGCUUCAAGAUGAAGCAUGAUUUUAAAAACCUGGCAGCCCCCAUUCGCCCCAUUGAAGAAAGUGACCAGGGCACAGAAGUCAUCUGGCUCACCCAGCAUGUGGAACUUAGCUUGGGCCCGCUGCUUCCUUAAAAGGUUCCAUUGGAGGGCAGAUCCCAAAGGACAGUGUCACCAUAAACCUGCUUUAAAAUGUGGAAGCUGCUGCUUCAUUAGGCCUUGUUUAUAAUGAUGUACCCAUGCACUACAGAAUUCUAUUGCUAGGAAAGUGGGAGCAUAGUGAGGCAUUGGGAACACAGGGUAACUACUGUUCUUCUUGCUCUUACCGCUGUUGACACCAGUGAGUCCGUGUCUCCCUCACUGAGCCCUGCACGUUGAAUAACAACAGCAUAAUUCCAUACCAGGAAAGGGGAUGGGUAUUCCCUGGAGUGGCAUUGUAUUUACCACCUGAGAAACUCUGUACUGUACUGACUCUUGAUCUGAUCUCACUAAAAGAUCACAAUGUCACAGAAGAAACUUAAAUGAUAACCCAAAGGCGGACCUGCUAUUCAUGAUCCAGCAUUGGUGGCAAUGUACCAACUGCUUUCUGCAUUCCAUUAAAUAUAAUCUAACAGUCUAAAACAUAUCCCUUCACUUGCCGUAAUGGCUGCCGUUUUGCCGUAGAUUUCUAUGUAACAGAAAAAUUGAAUUGUCACAUCAUCUUUAGUAUUAUGAUGAUUGGAACAGCCUAUGAAGUUGUUAAGGCACUCUCAUUUGCCCUCCCUUUCUGACUAAAUACAGGACACUUACUAACUUAGUUGU